AGCCUGAAACAUGGUUUCCAUUGACAUUAGUAUUGCCAUUUUUAUUUAGCUCAUUAACGUCACCAUAACGACAGCUACAGUUGUUUUACUUCGCUCAUUUUCUUUAGGUUUUCAGCCUACAUUUAGAUAACACAUGGCAGUCAGACUUUAUCGAACAGCAGCCAAUCAGAACCUUCCUCUUAAGGCGAGCCUCCGUGGCGCUUGACCAAUCACAGCCGCGGAACGGGACCCAUGCCUCCGAGUUGUGCAGCGAUGCGGUCACGUGAUGUGUGGAAGAGGAAUGCCAACAUGGACCCGUGGCAAGGACGGGAUGUGAGCGUGGGGCGACAAUAACACGACGGAGGAGAGCAGAAAACAGCGAGAAGACGGAGAGAGGUCGACGCACUGCCGAGCCUUCUCCCGGUAAGACACAGUUUCUGUGACUUCGUCCCCUGGGUGAUUUUUAUUUAUUUUUUUAUUCUCAAUGGUGUCCCUCAGCAGCAGAACACUGACUGUGGAGUCUGAGCUGUUCAGGGACAGCAGCAGCAGCCUGUUCUCCUUCUCAGAGGAGGAUGCGGUGUGCUUGUGCUCCUGCGACAGCCCCGGGGCCUUCCAGCAGGGGGCCGUGCACGGCUCCAGCCCCGAAGAAGAGGAGGAGGAGGACGAGAGCGAAGGCAGCAGCCGGCUGGUUUAUCGAGGCGCGACGGACGACGGGGGAGCGGAUUAUGAGGAGCCUCGGAUGCCGGAGUUUUCUUUCUGCCCAUCGUCGCCGUUCUCUCCCACCCUGGAGGACAUAGAGGAGUUUCUGAAGGAGAAGAUGGAGCAGGUGAAGGCGGACAUGAGGAGCAGCAAAGAGGAAGAUUCUCUGUCGUCCUCCGUACCCUUGGCUUCAUCAACAGAGACUAAAAGUGAGCCAUUAGUUGGUGCUUCCCUCUGCACUUCCUCCUCAGAGACCCCCGAGGAAGAGAAAGAGAAACAAGCCCCAGUCCAGAUUGACCCGUCUCCUCCCGGUCACCCAAGCCCCCCUCCAGCCACGAAGACCCCACCCGUGCUCCUCAGAGCUCCAGUGGUUCUCCAGCUGCAGCCGUUACCUCUGGCCCGGCCUCAGGCCCCCGCCGGCUCUCCUCCGUUGGCCCCGAGCGGCAUCUGGCUCACUCAUCUGGUCAUGGGGCUCCAGGGCGCUACCGCUCCAAAUCUCACCCUGGUGGCCCCCCAAGUGUCCUCCACACCCACCACCGCCACCACCAGCAGCCUGUUGCAACUCAUCAGCGAUAACAAAUCAGCAGACCAGAAGUAUGUGAAGAUCGCUCCUCUGCCCAUCACUACAAGGACUCUGGAGAUCACAGCGGUGGGGGGCGGCCCAGGGGCCGCUCUCCUAAAAGCAGCGCCCCCCCGGGCAAACAGGGCGUCGCCCACCGAGAGGGUCCACAAGUGCUCCCACCCAGGCUGUGGGAAGAUGUACACAAAGAGCAGUCAUCUUAAGGCCCACUUCCGCCGGCACACGGGGGAGAAGCCGUACACCUGCAGCUGGCCGGACUGCGGCUGGAAGUUCUCCAGAUCAGAUGAGCUGUCUCGCCACCGCCGCUCUCACUCGGGCAUCAAACCAUACGAGUGCACUCUGUGCGAGAAGAAGUUUGCCCGCAGCGACCAUUUAAGCAAACACACGAAGGUCCACCGCAGCUCCCGGCCCAGCAGGGUGAUCCGGACCACUGUGUGAUCCGGACCACUGUGUGAUCCGGACCACUGUGUGACCGCUCUGGGUCUGUGUGAACCAGGUCUGGGGCUCAGGCUUCCCUCAGGACUUUUUGGUGCUUUCACAAGCAGAACUUUCCGAAGAAUCCGGAGAGCUGGCUGUUGUUUCCCUCUGGCCCCUUUUGGUUUCCUUCCUUUCUCUUCCUCUCCUCCAUUCUCCUGUCAAUCGUCGCAUCUGAGGAGUUCACCUUAUACAGAGCAAUCAGCCACCUCAGGAAAAACUGAGCCGAGAGAAGACUUCCUGUCAUUUACGCGCACAUCACAGGAGACAGUCUUCCACAGGCCCUUCUUCCAGCCACUGCUUGCACUACUGCUCCUGGAGCCUGGAACUCCCAGCAGCUUUAGAAAGAGGGACACUAACCAAUAAUGGGAACAUCUGUAGUUGUAUAAUUUCUCCUCUUUACAUCUGCCAGUUGUCCCUCUUCCUUGAAGCCAAAUUUCAGGGUUCACAUGCACAAGAAGCGUCUAACGUUUUCCUCUUCUGUGUCCCUGUUGGUGUCAUGUGAUCCAGUCACAAGGGUUGGAUGGUUGCGCUCCUUGUGGCAGCGCUCUGUCCUGGGUGCAAGUAUGAACAGCAAAGCAGAAGACGCAGUUCAGAGCUGCUGUCGCAUUUCAGAGACAAUCAAAUUGUACCAAACUCUGGGCUUUGCUCAAAAUUAUGUAAAUCUGUGCAGAAAUUCCCAAGUUAGUAUUUUAUGCAAUCAGCGCUGGCCUUUCGACGCAUUCACCCAAUCAUGAGCCACUCUAUCUGAACCAGUAUGCCCAAUCUCUUGAUCGCUGCCUUUUGUCAUGAUCACCAACUUGUCUUUAUCCCAUUGUUGUGCUGUUGUCCGAUGACUGCUCAUAUUUAACUGUGAUUCCCAACAGGGAGGUUGCCAAACCAGAAAUCCCUGUUCCGGUCCCACAGGAGAGUGAAAGCGACACUCUCGGUGGGUGACCGUCUAUAAGCUCCUUGUUACCGGCAGAUCAAUGUGCAGCCGACUUCUGUGGCCUCGAGAAUCGCUGGGCCCGGUGGUGCAACGGUGACAUGAAACACUGCUCUUACUUUAUUACAGUAGCACUUACUGUAACCUUCAUUAUGUUGGAUUUUAGCAGCAACAAAAGCUAGUAGUUUAAAUAGAUGAAAAAGCAGCUAACAUCUGUCCAAUCAUGUGGAUUAGCAUUAGGCAUGGGCCAGUUAAAGGUUUCAGGGUAUACCAUGUAUCUGACCUAGCUCAGCCACAGAGUCUCCUCUCAGUGGGUCGUACCCAGAAAACCUUCAGAGGGAGACAACCUCAUCAGAUGUUUAAACUACCACAACUGACUCUUUUCAGUGCAAAGGAGCAUCAGCUAAACUAUUUUCUAUGAUUUUAAAGUGCUUUUAGGGUGUUUACACACCUAAUAGUCCGGUGGACUCGGUUCGAUUGGGGACCAAAACGGUAACAUUUGUUCUAUUUUGAGCUGCUGCGGUUCGCUUUCACACUGCACUGUGUCAAUCGAACCAAUCCCUUUGAAAAACCUGUUCCUCCCCUCGCCCGUGGUGGCGCUGUAUUCAGUAUCACUGAAGGAAACAACAAGAAAACCUCCAAAGAAGACACUGAGCGCAACUUCCUCCUUCACAAAAUGCAAACAAAAAUGGAGUGGCGUCAGAUUUUAGCAGCUACGUCUACCAAAAAGACAAA